AUGUCGACUCGACCCCAACCGAACAACAUUCCUCCCGAUGCCGACCUUGCAAUUCCCUUCCUUGACCGAGUUCUCGUCGACAGUCCCUUUCCACCCAUAGCGAUCCUUCUGCCCAGACCCUUUGCCCACUACGACAACGACAUAAAACUUGAAGUCACUGCAGUGACAACCACAAAGGAUAUCCACGCCAUCAAACGCGAAGUCGAACGAUACCGAUUCGGCCUUUCACCAGCUUAUAGACCUGAUGACAGAGUCUACCUGGCCAUGGACAUGUACGGUUUCGGACUUCCCGCCGCAGGAAUCUGGCGCUUCCAGAUCAAGGGUUACUCUUGGAUCGACCGCAAGCGCACCGAGGUCCUGAGCAUUAUCCAUGAUGAGGUCACAGAGGCGCCUGCGGAGCCCCGUCGCCCACGUGGAAGACCGAGGAAGGUCCGUGUCGAUGCCGACUCUGGAGAGCAUGACGACAUGGUUGACGUCGACAACGACGGAUACAUGGAAGAUGUCGACAUGGAGAUGGAUAAGGCAGAGAACGCCGAAGGCUGCGAGUUGAGCCUGGCUUCUUUUUUAGCGCAGGAUGAGGACGACAAUGUUAACUACAUUGAUUACUAUGGAGAGAACCCCACCGAUGCCAAGUUCGGGAUUGGCAACGGGGCUGACGACAUGGACGCUGUGCAAGAUGAUCAAGAUGACAACCUCAUGUUGGUGUGUGAAAGUGAAGAUGAUGCUGUGCAGCAUGAACGGCCGCACGUCGACAUGAAGAAAAUACCUGCCUCCUGC